GCAAAUGCGUUACCUUGAUCAUGCAUACUCCAUGAAUUCUUUUGCACACGAUUCUAAAUUCUAUCAGAUCAAAAUAUUGCAUUGCAUUGCAAGCGUGUCAAACAGUGGGUUCAAUUUGCAAACUUAAACCUGUGCACAAUGGAAGAAGACAAGCCAAUGAAAGUCGGAGAUAUUAUCAAAAAGUUUUCAAGGGUACAGACCGGCUCUUCCACUAACAUCCGAGUACCUGACUCCCAAAUCCCAUCAGAAGAGAUGGGUAUACCCUCCUCGGACUCUAGAAGAUCUGAAGAAUAUAAAGUGACCCGUGCACAAGUGGCAAAAUUAAUUGAGUCUACUUUACAACAGCAGACGUCAGUACAACCCAAUACCAUCAAUGAAAUAAAAACGAAGCUUCCUCUUCCUCCACCGAAACCACCGAAACCACUAAUUGAAUCAAAACUCUUGGGAAAAUCCAACAAAGACGAAUGCUCAUCAUCAUUGGACAGGAAAAGCAAUGACUUCCCAAAACAUGACAACAUAGAGGAGGAAUCAAUAUUUUGCUCUGAAGAAACUAAUGAAGAGAUACCCAUUGCUCCAUCAAUUCAAAAGAAACCAAUCAUCGAAAACAUAUGGGAACCAAGUGAAAUUAGUGUAUCGCAUAGAAAAUCCAUUGAAAGAAAAUUAGUUGCCAUGUUCGACGACCUUAUGCUGAUUCUUGAAAGUGAAGAUUUCGACAAAAGCCUGAGAGAUUGCCUUGAAAAAGCCGCUCCGAAGUAUAUGACAUUUAUAUCAAAACGGAAAAAAGAUAUUCUUAAAUCGGAUCAUGGAAUUGUAAUUGCAGGAGAAACAAGUGCCGGCAAGUCCACUUUAAUUAACAAAAUACUAGGGAUGAGGAUUUUCAAAGGUAGAAACAGGGAAUCUACAUCAACAGUUUGCAAAAUACGGAACUCUGAAAACGUAAUGAUUAAAACAGAGGUGGAAAUGGGCUCGGUGAAUGAGACGGAUCUUAGUGAGAUAGAUAUAACCACAGACAAAGGCGAAAAACGUCUUCGAGAUGCUUUGAAGAAAUUAACUGAUAUGACUGUUGGCAAAGACAGUAAACGAUUUAAAAGUGUGGAUAUUAGCAUGCCUGUUCCCUUUCUAAAGGGCAACACGAUAAUGGUGGACACACCUGGCAUUGGGGGAUCAGGGAAAGUAGGUGAAAAACUAAUGGAAUACUUGCCAAAUGCUGUUUCAUUCAUCUUCGUUAUAAACGUAGCAAGUGCAGGCGGCAUGCAACGGGAUAGGCUUCCGGAAAUUCUUAGAUCAAUUAGCAAUCUGAUAAUGGAAGAUGAAAUGCCUUGUUUUGAUCCUCGUGGAGUAAUAUUCAUAACUAACAAAUGGGACUCGAUCUCAAAAGAUCCAGAUGACAGCAGCGAAGAGGAUGAGGUGGAAAAAACAUGGCAGGGCUUAGAAAGCAGCAUUCACAGACUUUGGCCGUCUGUGAAAAAAGAGAACAUCUUCAGAAUGAAUUUACAAGAAGUACCUUACGGAUACAGAUUUCGAGAAGAAACAGAUUCAAGUAGAGAGUUUCAGAAAUUUCGACAUGCUUUAGAAAACGUUAUAAACCAAAAUGAAAAUAUUAGAAUGAAACAGCAUUUCAGGUACCUCAAAAUACUACUACAGGACAUGUACACAGGAGUACUUUCACGACAAGAAUUGACAAAGAAAAGCAGGAGUGAACAAGAGAGGAAAAGAAAAGAUCAUGAAAUGAAAAUUGAUCAGUUGAAGAAGAAGUGCAGAGAAAAUGGAGCAAAAUGGCGCAAUCGCAUCAAAACUUUUAUAGAGAAACAGGCAACGGAAAGUUUGAAAUAUAUGUCCUCGGAUCUUGGAAAGGAAAGAAUAUUAAAUCCGAAGAACUUGCAUCCAAUCAUGGAAGAGCAAUAUAUACUAUUGGGAGAUGAAGUGAUUUCAAGAGUAGAGCAAUAUGUCUCGAAUACUGUACAAUGCCCUGAUGUUGUUGAAGAGUUCAAUGACAUCAAAGAUGAAAUAUUGAUGUUUUAUACAGAGCUAUCAUCCGAAAUAGAAAAGAUGGAGAAUGAAUGGAAAGGGUAUAGCGAUCAAAAUGAAAAGGGAGGUGUGUCUUACCAAGAGGAGUCGGUUGCACCUUAUGUUGCUGGUGUUAUUGCUACGUCCCCAAUAUGGUUUCCAUUGUUGACGGCUGCUGUUGCCAUUGGAAUCGCUACAUUACCUUUCAUAGCGCCAGUCUUUGCCUUUUUGACAACUGAUUCCAGAAAAAGGAAAAAAAUAGACGAGGAGUAUGAAAAAUGCAAAUCAACCAUUCAAAGUAAAGUAUGCAAUGCAUUAGAAAGCAAUCAUGGGGACGUAAUGCAUAAACUCAUAGCAAAGGUAACAAACGAUAUGUUAGACAGAAGAAUUAAGUUCAUAGAAGAUACAAUCAAAGAGCUCUCUGAAAAUCGUGAAAAAAUUAUUGCAAACCAGGAAAGUCUAAGUAGACUUGCAGAGAAGUUACAAUCCGUUAAGAGGAUGUCAGAGGAAAUUACACGUGAUUAAUAUUCCUGUAAUAUUCCUGUAGACAUAGCUGAUAGAUAUAAAAACUUAUUGCAUCAACAUAUAUAGAAGAGAUGCAAAUAUGCAGUUGUACUAAUGAGGAAUACAGUCGUUACUUAUCUGAUCAUUGUAUGAUUCGAUGGACGUGUAGGAAAACGAUGUGUCUAUAUAUACAUAUACAUAUUAUGUAGAGUUAGUUAUAGUGUACUUUGUUUAAAUGCUUGUAAACUGUAAUAACUAAGCAACACUGUUCAUCUGCAUCACCGUUGUCAAUUUUUGCCUGGGGGCAGAUAAAUAAUGUUUCCUUAUAUGCCCAAGCAAGCAAACGUAUAUACUGUAAAUGUAUGGUUUGUGUUUGAAAAUAUCAAACUACAGAGUUCAUGAUUGGAAACACCAACCAGUAUCCAGAUGAGAAAACCCAUAACACUCAUUAUGUUCAACUGAUUAGGUAUGGAGUUUGAUAUUUAUUCCAGGAAUGCAAUAAAAUUAUGCAGUUUUUGUAGAUAGUUAAAUUGGUAUAGGGUUUAUUUAAUUGUUUAGUUUCUUUUCUACGAGUAAUUAACUUCUUUUUCCUUAGAAAGAGACAUUGUAUUGUUUAUAUAGUUGGGUUAUUUUAUUGGUCUAUGGAAUCCCUAUCUUGCCAUUGAAUUUAUUUGUAAGUCUGAAAUAUGUAACAACAUAAUUGGAUUAUAAUAAAACUAAAACAUGA